AUGGCACACCUCCGACCACUAAUGGCACCAGUAUACGUCCCCGGCACAGAACCACUCCCACCUGGCGUAACCGAACAAGAUAGAGCCGAAAUCAUCAAAAUCGCCAAAUGGAAUAAGAUCGCCAAUAUGACGAUGGAAUCUUGUCCCACCAAAUGCAUGCUUUCUGGAGCAGCAGGGUUUGGUCUGGGUGCCUUCUUCUCACUCAUGUCUACUUCUUUUGCUGUUGAUGAUCCACUCCGACGUACAACUCUAGCUGCUAAUGGGUUAGGGGAUGCAGGAAAAGGUGUGGGGGAAAUGACUACUAUGCAGAGUACAAAAGAGUUUUUCAAGCAAACCGGGAAAUCGAUGUAUAGGUCAGGGAAGGGGUUCGGGAAGGUAGGAGCUCUGUACUCUGGUAUUGAGUGCUGUAUUGAAGCUUAUCGAGCAAAGAACGAUCUGGUUAAUCCAGUAGCAGCCGGCUUCGCCGCCGGUGCAAUUCUAGCAAGAAACUCAGGGCCAAAAGCUGCGAUGGGUGGUGGUGUUGCUUUUGCUGCUUUCUCGGGAGCUAUUGAUAUGUACUUCCGAAGAGAAACACCAGACGACGAUUGA